AUGGCCGAUCGCCCGCAUCGCGCGGUCAUAAUCUACGGCGACGGGCUGCUCAUCGACGGCCCGUUUCCGGCGUCGCGUUCAGCGGAACCCUCAUCGCGAAUCUCCGCGUCUGCCUCGCAGCGAACGCGAACGCCUCUGGAGACAGUUGACGUGCCCGCGCUGCACCGCGUGGCGGCUGACGGCGUGUCCGGCCUCCUGGCUCUCAGACAGCUCCCCUCGCAUGUGAGUGCGGGGCAGCGGGAGGCGUUGGAGCUGGCGCAGCUACUGGACAUCUUCCACUGCACGCACGCCCCCCUUCCGCAGCAGGAGGCUGCGAGAACCACACACGCCAGCGACCCCAGCAACCCCACCACCGCUGCUGCUGCCUCCGCUCCUCACAUCUCAUGGGAAACCAAUCCCACACCUAUGUCUGAACGGUUCAUGGGCAUGGAGGCGGCGUUUGUCUCCUCCUCCCCAGUCUCGCUUGCCCUUGCCCGCACCGCUGGCUUCCGCACUACCCACCUUAACCGCGCUGCACUCCCCUCCACCUCCCACCACCUCCUCGUCAACGGUGACUCCGAUGACUUCUCUCGCACUUCAGCAGCAGAAGGCGACGCCGAUGCAGGAGGAGACGAAGAAGCUGGGGCAGCAGUAGCAGCAGCGACAGCAGCAGCAGCAGCGCCUGACCCAUCAGUGCUGGCAGCGAGGAUAGUGGCGGCGCUAGGGUUGCACAGGGAGGAGGUUCCAGGCCCUCCCCCCAGCGCUGCGGAGAGGGAGGAGGGCGAGGUGGACCUUCUACUGCUGCACGUGCGCCCUGCUGACGUCGCCUCAUGGGGCGGCAGUGCUGUGGAGAAAAGCGCUGGUGGUUUGCCAGCAGCAGCUGCAGUAGAAGCAGGGGUGGGAGGAGCAGGAGCAGGAGGUGUGGUGACAGGUGCAGGCAGCGGCGAGAACGGCGCUAUGGAAGGGCAGGUGUGGGGACAGGCAGAGCAGGCGAUUCAGUGGGUAGACUCGCUUGUGGCGGAGCUGUUGAGAUGGCGCGAUGGCAAGGCACGCAAGGGGGAGGAAGGCGAGGGAGAGGAGUGGAGUGGUGGUGAGGGAACAGUAGUGUCCAGUGAGGUGACCUCCUCCUUGCCGCUGCGGGCACAGAACCACCUGUACCUUGCCGUGGUGCUGGGAUAUGGGGAUCAGGGCAACCAACAGGUGCCUCCUGCUGCUGCUGGUGGUGGCGGUGCUGCUCCAGAGCAGUCAACUGAGGCACCCUGGUCACCCGUUCCCUUGCGCUCUCUUCCCAAGGUCGCAUCGCCGCCCUCUGCUGCUGCUGCUCCUGCUGCUGGUGCCUCUGCGGGUGGCUCUGUGCCGUGUGUGCCGCGCAUGGCCUUUGUCCCGUGGCAGAGCUAUGAGCUGCGGGGGGACGAGCCCGUGGAGGCCAUUCGACGCCACCACCCUCUGCUGGUGACCCGCCAUCUGCCUGCUGUCACACGCUGUGAUGAGGCAACACGCUUUGGCAUGCAAGAGUGCAUACAGAAUGGAGGAGACCGGGCCAUCUUGGCAGAUCGCUUUAUAUACGAGGUUGCAUUCAAGCUGUGGAGGUAUCCCAAGUAUGGAGCUUAA